AUGCCAUUUUCUAAGGAGAUACUUAAGAACCAAGGCGUUGAUAUUAAUGAGGAUUUUGAAGCGGAUGACAUCUUUAGCGCCGAGGACUCGGAGGAGUUCAUUCGGCUGUUUGAAAAGAAUAGAGAAGCUAAGCGGCAUGUAGCAGGCCUUUCCAGCGUUCUUCAGCAUCUCAUUUUUGAGGAAAAAGAUGACAACACGGAAGAUGACGUCGAGGCUAUUAUCGAGUAUAUAACUGGUUCCGAUUCAUAUUGGUGUAGCAACAGUCCGGAGGUCAAGGGGUUUAGGAAGGCUCUUUCUGUGUCGUUUGAGAAUGAAUGGCAUGAGUUUCAAACGAAGAAUCCAUCGGUGACCCUAUCGCGUGCUAUGCGUCUUUUGCCGCAGUGUUUUUCCCUUCCACCUAUGCAGGAUACACAGUUGGAGUUGUUGACACGAUUGUUUUCUAGAAAAAUUGGCAGUGGUUUCGGGACUGUUUUGUUGCGUGUUUGGUAUGUAGACUUUACGGGUUGUACAUGUUCUUCUUUACGGGAGUUUUCGUUUCAUACGACCGCUUCAGAGGCUAUUGAAACUACUAUGGAGCGCCUGUUUUCAGUUACAAACUUUGACAAGAGUAAAGGUCAAGGGCUUGUUCAUCUUUUUCGGAUCCAAGGAAGAAAUGAAUACGUGUAUGGUAACGAAAUACUUAUAAACUUUCGCUACAUCAGGGACUGUGUAACACAACAACGGGAAAUUAAUGUGGUUGUAGAACCUCAUGACGAAGUGUUGUUUACUUAUCCCGUAUUUUUACCGCGUUACCCAUCAGUUGCAAAACCAAACAAGAAUCAUAACGAUAUGGGUGGUGCCAGUCAAUCUUCUGUCGACGCACCGUCGGCGAUUAGCUUGUGGGAUACAAAUGAGAAACUAGUAGUAAAAGUUGUGAAUACUCUAAACAAUCUGGUUUUUUCUUCUGAAAGAGCAAAAGAAGAAGGUGUUCGUGGUGGUGACGCGUUGUAUAUUGCGGUGCUUGUAGAAGUUUAUUAUGGUAACAAGCUAUGCUGUCUUCCUCAAAUGACUAAAUGGUCAGUUUGUGGUAACCCAGUUGGUUCAAAUGAACUUAGUACUUCAUGUGAUGUUAGUUGGGGAGGGGGUAGCAAGCUAACUUUUGGUUUACUGUUGUCUGACGCACCCCGUGAAGUCAAAUUGUGCAUCAGCCUUGUUGCCACAUGUGGUGAUCGUUUGGGCAGUGCAAUCUGUCUAAAUGCUGAAGAAAUUGUCCGUCAGUCAGAAGAGCGCUCAACUAUAAAGAAGGGUGAAGAGUGCCACGUGAGCCCUAUAUUCUUUCUCGCGUCGGCUUCACUGCAGCUGUUUGACUAUCUGGCGUGUAUGCAGAUGGGGAGGUUGGUUCUACAACUUCGGGGUACAAAGAAAAAGGCAAAUCCCAUAUGUCCCAGUUCAACGAACCCCAACAAAAAUGACAUGAGUGUUACAUUUCUCUUCCCCACAUUUGCUAAGCCGGUAGUAAUCCCGAGUGGACGACCUCCAGUUCAGAAAAAGCGUGAGUGGGAGCAGCAGAUAUGCGAUAAUGAGGUUCACCUCAUCGGGAAACUGAAAACAAGCAAGAUUGAACAGCUGAGGCAACUGAAGAGAAUUCUCGCCAGCGACCCACUAACAGUACUUACACCAGGUGAUGAAGUACUCCUUUGGAAGCAUCGCAAUGAACUCAUCAUACGACCAAAAGCCUUGGCAAAGCUCUUACUAGCUGUCAAUUGGCUUCGACCGUAUGCUGUAUACGAAGCACAUUGUCUUUUGAAACAGUGGGCCCCUCUCCAGUCGAUUGAGGCUCUUGAAUUGUUAGAUGCACGCUAUGUGGAUGUUGUGGUCAGAGAGCAUGCUGUGGGAUUUCUUGAUGUCAUGAGUGAUAACGAACUCAAAGGUUGUAUCUUGCAAUUGGUACAGGUUUUGAAACAUGAGUCUUAUCAUUAUUCAGCUUUGGCCAGGUUUCUCCUACGAAGGUCACUACGUUCACCUCAUAUGAUAGGACACUAUGUUUUUUGGUACCUCGUAUCAGAAAUGGGAAACAACAGCAUCUGUGAACGGUAUGGUCUUCUUUUAGAAGAACUGGUUCGUCGCAUGCCAGGACGCAAAAAUUAUUUACGUCAGUUAUAUGUGACAGAUCAACUUUUUGAGAGCGCCAUGCGAGUCAAGGAUGCACCGAAGAAAGACCGUGUUGGUUGCCUUCGAGAACACCUUGGAAGUUUACGUUUGCCCAGCCGAUUUACCCUAGCCCUACACCCCGCAAUGGAAUGUAGUGGGCUUGAUAUUGGAAAGUGCAAGGUGAUGGACUCCAAGAAAUUUCCUCUUUGGCUUGUGUUCCGAAACUAUCAAAAAGGGGGUGAUCCUUUUUAUGUUAUCUUCAAGGCAGGAGAUGACUUGCGACAGGAUUUAUUGACUCUUCAGCUUCUUGAGUUGAUGGAUUCAGUGUGGAAGUCCUGCGGACUGUAUUUGCACGUUAUUCCUUAUGGGUGUGUCGCAACCGGGGAGGGUGUGGGGAUGAUAGAGGUUGUUCUCAAUAGUGACACUAUUGCAAACAUAGCUCGUAAAGAUGGAGGUGCACAAGCUGCAUUUAGUGAAGAGCCGCUGAUGAAUUGGCUAAGACAGUUUAACCGGGAAAGACACGAGGUAGAGCGAUGUCUCUGGAAUUUUCUGUAUAGUGCUGCUGGAUACACUGUGGCCACCUACGUCUUGGGUAUCGGCGACCGGCAUAAUGAUAAUAUAAUGCUUCGUCAGGAUGGAACCAUUUUUCAUAUUGAUUAUGGUCAUUUUCUCGGAAACUUCAAGACAAAGUUUGGCAUUAAAAGAGAGACUGCUCCCUUCGUUUUUACGCCGAUGUAUGCUUACAUGUUGGGGGGUCAGAGCAGUCCUAUUUAUUUGUAUUUUGUGGAGGUAGCGUGUCAUGGGUAUAAUGUUUUAAGACGUUUUAGUGGUACAUUGAUAACACUUUUUAUGUUGAUGCUAUCAACAGGUAUACCAGAGCUACAAAGGAUUGAAGACAUAGAAUGGUUGAGAACAGUGUUGCUUACUGAUCGUUCAGAUGAAGAGGCGAAGGUACAUUACAAAAUGCAAAUAAAUCUGGCUCUUACAAACCUCCGCACUCUUCUCAAUGACUACAUUCACAUCAUGACACAUUAG